AGCCUCCAGGCUUCUACUACUAGUACUAGCUAGCUGUAUCAUGCCGCGGUGGGCGGUGACCAGGUAGCAUGCACAUUGCAUGCUGCCUUCUGGUACGAAAGGAAAACCCGAAAGGCGCCAAAGCCUCCAGAAUUCGAAGCUCACGAUGCAGUAGACUGAUCGCGUUUAUCGUUGAAUAGCUAGGACCGUAACUUGAGAAUAAUCUCAGCAGUACCACAUUGCAUCUGCAGUUGAAAUUUUCUCACUCAAUUUUGUCUCAAGUGUGCAAGGAUGGGGUCCUCUGGCCUCCCAGGGGGGCGGGGCCCGUCAUCCUUUGUCCAGUCUCGCACUUUGUUCCUCAUUAAUCUAGCUGCAAUCAUGGAAAGUGCAGACGAACGCCUUUUACCAGCAGUUUACCAAGAGGUCGGGGUGGCCCUUAAAGCUAGCCCCAGCAAGCUUGGCACGCUCACCUUCACCAGGGCGCUUGUCCAGGCGCUGUUCAGCCCCAUGGCCGGGUUUCUAGCCAUGCACUACGACAGAGGGACUGUCAUUGGAAUUGGGACUAUCAUCUGGGCGGGCGCAACUCUCAUUGUGGGGCUUAGUACCACCUACUUCCAGGCGAUGAUUGGGCGAGCGAUCACAGGGGUCGGGCUUGCUAUCGUCAUCCCCGCCAUCCAAUCCUUUGUUGCCGACAGCCACGAGGAGGGCCGCGGGUUAGCCUUCGGUUGGCUCAACCUAACCGGAAACGUGGGGGGCAUCGGGGGGAGCAUGGCGGCAACCAUGCUCGCGGGGGGGCGCUACUUCGGAAUGGAUGGCUGGAGAGUUGCGUUCGUCGGGAUGGCCGUAAUUAGCCUCGGCGUGGGGUGGCUAGUGUAUGCGUACGUGGUGGACCCGCGACCCGUGUCGGAAGGCAGCGGCCCCGGCACGUUUCGAGAGAGCCUCUCUUCGUCGAUGACGGGCGUCCGCUCAGUGCUCAAGUUGCGGUCCUUCCAGUUGAUCAUCGCGCAGGGCGUCAUUGGGAGCAUCCCCUGGCAGUCGCUCGUUUUCUUCACCAUGUGGCUGCAGCUCAUCGGGUUCAGCCACAGCAACGCCGCGUAUCUCAUGGGGCUCUUCUCCACAGGCUGCGCGUUUGGCGCCGUAUUUGGCGGCUGGCUCGGCGAUCGCGCGGCGAAGCGCUUUCCGGGCGCGGGCCGCAUCAUGUGCGCGCAGUACAGCGCGGGGUCGGGGGUCCCGUUCACGUGGCUGCUCCUGCUGAUGAUCCCCCAGGACCCGCAACUGUUUUGGCUCUACGGGGCGCUGCUGUUUCUCAUGGCGACGUCCAUCAGCUGGUGUCAAAGCGCGUGCAAUAACCCCAUCUUCGCGGAUAUCGUCCCUCCCGAUCUUCGCACCACCAUCUACGCCUUUGACCGCGCUUUCGAGGGGAGCCUUUCGGCCCUCGCGGCGCCCUUGGUUGGAGUUCUCGCGGAAGUAAUGUACGGAUACAAGUUCGAUGUGUUGAAGGCUAGCGAGCCGUCCGCUGCGAACGCGCGAGCGCUGUCAAACGGCCUGUUUGCAUGCAUGGCGCCGUCCUUUGGCAUUUGCGCGGCGACUUAUGGCUUGCUCUAUGCCACGUACCAUAAGGAUAAGGAUAGGGUCGACGCGAAAGUGUACAAAGAUAGGGAGCGCAGACCGCUGAAGAUGGAAGAGGUCUCAAAUGCAGCUUUUUCGUUGUAACAUAUUGAGGAGCACCGUUUCGCGGUUAGAGUAGCCAGAUGUAAAGGCUUUUCAUCAGGCCUCGCUAGGCACGCUGGCUCUGAGAAUCAACGUCCAUGGGGGACCUCGAACCUGCCCAGCACUCAGUGACUGUAUAUUCAUCGGUCAGCAAAACACUUACUGAAGGUGCGCGGAUCGGACUGAGAUCAAUGUAGACAUACUACGUUCCCCGAGGAGCAGAUCCGAAACUAGGAGAACUUCGUGUUGCGCGACGUACCGCCUUUUAGCGACCACAAUCUACUAUGCAGCUGUACCGUACUACAUGCAUG